UGGUUAGGAAGUCUGGGUAUCGGCAUAUCACUAUUCAUAUCACCAUUUAUAACCAUAAUAUGUCGACGGAAGAGUCCAAGACUGUAUGCCGUCAUUGGUGGUCUGAUCUGUGCCCUUGGUUGCUUGUUCCUGGCUUUCUCCAACCAACCCGAACAGCUGUUUAUCAGCCAUUGUGUGGUCAUGUCUUUAGGAAGUGGUAUCACAAUUUCUACAGCUAACAUCAUGGUUGGAAGGUAUUUUAGGAGACGAAGAGAACUGGCUGAAAUGGUUCUGGUGUCUGGAACUGGUGUAGGAACAGCAGUGGUAUCGGUACUUUUCCGGAAAUUAAUCGAAUUUAUAGGAUGGAUGCAUGCAUUACAAUGUGUAGCAGGCUUGUUGGUAUUGACUAUCAUAGCUGGUGCACUAUAUCGUUCAGCCUCACUAUACCAUCCUCGCAGAAAAGUCAUCCUUCACUUGAAAAAUCAGAAGAAAAACAGACGUGAUCGUGAAGCAGAGAAACCACCAUAUUUAGACUUUAGUGCUUUGAAAAUGAGAUCGUUACAAGCUUUAUUGGGAAUUUGUGCAAUCGUUGGAAUUGGUAUUCAUGUUCCUUUCAUAACAUUGAUGAGAACAGCAUCAGAGAAUAAAAACAUUGACCCAGAUCAUUUGGUUUUACUUAAUGUCUAUCUUGGUGUUGGAUUUGUUAUUGGUUGUUGUGCCUUGGGUUAUAUCAUUAUUAAAAAUAGUAACGAUUGCUCCAUUUCAAGGCGUCACUUGUGUCAAACUUCCGCUAUCUUGUGUGGUGUUUUUACUUUACUUUUUAUCAUGGCUGAGGACCAUAACGCACAUUCGUUAUACGCAUGGGCGUACGGUAUCUGCUGUGGAAGUUACUAUUUGACAUUAAAAAUGUACGCUUAUGAAUUAGUCAGACAUAAAUUAAUGGAGAGAGCAUGGAGCUUUGUUUGUGCUGUUCAGUGCUUUCCAUUCUUAUUUGGAGCUCCAGUG